AUGGCAGAAUUGAAUCAAAAUAACCGGUCGAGUCAGGAGGGGGAUGUCCUCAAUUUGUCUACUGAGAAUUGCGAAGUCGAUGUAUUAAACAUUUCGUUUCAAAACACAUCGAUAGAUGAUGGUAAGUUAUUAAUUUAAUUUAGUUUUUAUAUAUUUGCAAUAAAUUAAAUCUUAUAAAUGUAAUCUUAAUUAAAGCCCUAUGUUGACCUUUGAUAAAUAUUUAUUAUUUAUAUGCAGAUAUAAACAAUCAGUCUAUAAUUAUCACAAAAAAGCUAUACUAUUAUAUUUCUUUUAGAAUUGACUACAACCUGCAUCAUGCAUAUACAAUAUAUAUUUGUAUUUAUUUGAAGAUAACAAAUAUAGUAUUUGAAAGCUGAAAAUGCAUCAAUUUCAUCUCAUGAAAACAAUAAUUUUAUUUCUUGUGCAAAUUCACAAUAUGCCCUCCCUUUGUUGCAGAUACACCAUUAUCUGUAGAUGCCGCAGAGUGUUUCGUCCCUUGCACAUCUAGCACACCAUUGAAAAGUAGCAAGCAUCGUCUGAGUUUGAACCCGUCAGAGUUUGAACCUCCAAAGAAAAAGUCUAAUCUUAGCAAAAUGAGGAGUGAGAUGCAAAACGAGGAGUGAGAAUUUAAAGGAUAUUCUGAAAGUUAAAUUUCUGGUCCUAAAAGUCCUGGGAAAGUAGCAAGUCAUGCUGAUGUCCUGAAUGUACUUGGAACAGAUAACAAAAACCUUGCCACCAGGUCAGUGAAACAAGUAUUCAGUAGUGCAGUUAGUGAUCGUCGAAAGGGUGUAUAUAGAAAUAUCCGUCGCUCCAUUUCCUAUGAAAGCAGCACUGAUGGAUCUUCAUACGAAGUUGCAACAAAUUCAGAAAUAUAUGGUUUGCAACAACAAGUUAUUUCACACAAAGAAAAAGCCAAUGCUUUAAUGGCUACUAUAAAGUCGUCAGUUAAUGAUCCAUAUGCGAGCAGUCUCAUUUCUUUAUACAACAAAGAAAUGGAUUGUGUUUCAAAACUCUCGGACAACAUUGAUAUUAUGUAUGAGAAUGAAUUGAAAUAUCUAUUAGAACAUGAGAAAGUGUUGGAUCCUAGUGAAAAGAGUUGUCUGGUUGAAGAAUUUAAAAAAUGGAAACAUUUGUUAACUUGGGUAUCAGAAGUGGGGAGAAUGUUGCUGAGGUACAACUGAAUAGCAUGGUAUUUGAAAACCUCAAAGAUCAUGUUGAAUUGGACUGCCCCAUUCUGACUGGUAUACUUCAUGUACUUUUUCCCCUUACUGGAAAAUCUGAUAAGAAAGAAAAGGGAGCAGUACAUGCACUUGCUCUUCUGGCGAGUCUUAGAAAUAAGCAAUGCAGAAAUGAUAUAACAUUAAUUUUUUCAUUAAUGCUUGUUUCAUUUGGUGCUGGAUGCAGAAUGAUUAAAAUGCUCAACAAAAUUGGCUUCACCCUUCAUUGGGACACCCUGAUGAACUUUCUUGACAAGCAAUUAGAGAAAAAGAUUUCCUAUGUUAAAUCUUUAACACCACAAGAGAUCCCUUUGUUGCUUCUCAUGGAUAAUAUAAAUAUUUACCAAGGCAACAAACGACAUCGUCGGCUAUUCAGCAUCUAUGGCCAGAACAUGUGGAAUUUCACUAUACGUGGUCUAUUCCUGACAUAUAUGAAAUUAAGCACCUGUUCUCAUGCAAGGACAUAGCAAUGCAAAGUCAACAUGAUGUGAAAGAGUUCACCUUUGAAAACCUUGCCAUUGAAAACAAUUCAGAACAUUUGAGAAUAUGGGAAAACCAAAAAGAUCACUGAGCUUUUGAAAGAUAGCCUGUCUUUAGAAACGAGCAUUCCCUUUAAAGAUAUGUCAGAAAAAGAUUGCAAUAAUUGUCUCAAGAAUAAAUUAUAUAAGAUAACAGAUGAUUUAAAGUUUGAGUCCAAUGCAAACUAUAUUGACCAAUCUAAUUCUGGAAUCAUCUCCAAAACUGUAAUUUUACCUCUUUCUCUUGAGAACAAUAGCACUCGUGCUGGCACUGGUGUUAUAUUAGAUCAGUUUGCAAAAGAGUUUUCUAUUCCUUCUGUCUCCAAGGAUGAGAUUCUUCCAUUUGACAGCAAUGCAAAAACAUUUUGUUUGAAGAAAGCUAGAGAGCAUGCUGAAUUUAAUAUAUUGACGAGUCAACACAAAGAGCAAAAUGAACUUUAUAGCUCACAAUUGUCAGAUGUGGAAAAAACUCUGAAGGGAAAGAUGUUGAUGAAGAAUCAAGUGAUAUUAGUGAAGGCGAUGAUGAUAAUGAUUCUGGAAAUGAAGAUGGUGAACAGACUGACAGGAAUAGAGUCUCUGGACCAGAAACAACUGUGAAUGCUGUCCAAACAUUGUUUCGAAAACAAGAUUGUGUAUUUAAUAGCACAUUUGAUUCUUUAAAAAAUAAGCUAUGGAAUGCCAUUCAAACUACUACCCUUGAGCGAUUUAUUAAAGAGAUAUCAGAAACUGAACAUCUAAGAACUAUAAGGGAUCAUCUGGGACGAUCAUUAUUGCAUAUGGCUGUUGAAUAG